GACUAAAAAAAUGUAGCAUGCCUAAUCCUUUUCUUUAAAGUUCUUGGUGAUGUUUCUUGAGGGAAUUCAUUUCAUUUUACAUUUUAGAUUGAUAGUAUAAUAAAACAUGAUUUCAUCUCUUGAUCCCUCCCUAUCUAAGGCCAUGAGGAUUUGCAGUGUUACUCUAAUAAGACUUCUAGCUAUUUGUGGGACAAUUUCAGCAGCCAUUGUAAUGGUAACCAGUCAUGAGAAGAUCAAAGUAUUUUCUGUAUCAUUUGAAGCUAAGUACAGCCACACUCUAGCCUUCAAGUAUUUUUUCAUAGCAAACAUUGUUGGAAGCGUCUACAGCAUCGUAGUUCUUUUCCUACCUUCGAAGACUUCGCUAUCACGAUUAGUUCUAAUAUCUGAUUUGAUUGUGACGAUGGUGUUAACUUCAAGCGUAUCUGCAGCGUUGGCGGUUGCUCAAGUUGGAAAGAAAGGGAAUUCUCAUGCAGGUUGGCUACCAAUUUGUGGCCAACUUCACCAUUUUUGUGACCAAAUUGGUGGAGCUCUUAUUGCUGCCUUCAUAUCACUCAUCCUUUAUAUGCUACUACUAUUUCUCUCCAUUUACACUCUCCUAAUUAAUUAAUGCAAUUUCAUGUCCAUUACAAAUGGCUAAUUAAGGAUUGUGGUAAUUAAAUCUAAGUCCUAGCUAGUUAAUUAUGGAUUAUACUUGUAUUCUUUCUUCCUUGCUAUACAUAUAUACUUUGGAAAGCAUUAGUAAAGGUUCGUUAUGUGUGA